AAGCACACAAUGGUAAUGCGAGGAGAGUUCUCAACGAGAGUUCUAGUUUAGAUAUCAUACGAAUAGCAAGACAACAGAUUGAGCUAUGCUUCUCCCAGCGCUGAGGCAUGUAGUGCGGUGUGGUUAUAGAGAUGCAGGCAAAAGAUUCCAACAGAUCCAACGAACACCUUUUAGGCAGUGGGUUCUGCAAAGAGGACAAAACACUGUGGUUUCCGAAGCUGGGUCCGCACAUGCAACCGCGGCAACACCCAACUCAGCGACAAAUCGAAUUGUAGGUCAAUGGCUGGUGGGAUGCAGUGGGCUCGUGUUGGGGGCUGUUGUCUUGGGAGGCGUAACCAGGCUGACAGAGUCAGGCCUCUCCAUGGUGGAUUGGCACUUGGUGAAGGAGAUGAAGCCACCUCGGACACAGGCUGAGUGGGAAGCCGAGUUUUCCAAAUACCAGCAGUUUCCCGAGUUCAAAAUAAUGAACCAUGACAUGACCCUGACUGAGUUCAAGUUCAUCUUCUACAUGGAGUGGGGACACCGCAUGUGGGGCAGGCUGGUGGGGUUAGCAUACAUCCUCCCUGCCAUGUAUUUCUGGAAGAAAGGUUACUUUACCCGUAAGAUGAAGGUUCAAGCUUUGGGCCUGUGUGGUUUUGUCUUCUUCCAGGGACUUCUCGGCUGGUACAUGGUGAAGAGUGGGCUGGAGAACAAGCCAGAGUCCUAUGAUGUUCCCCGCGUGAGCCAGUACAGACUGGCUUCCCACCUGGGCUCAGCCCUGGUGCUCUACUGUGCCAGCCUGUGGAUGGGCCUCGCGCUCAUGCGGCCUGCAAACAAGCUUCCCAACACCAGGGGUAUCGUGCUGCUGCGGAGGUUUGCCAAGGGAACGGGUGCUCUGGUCUUCCUAACAGCUCUCUCGGGGGCCUUCGUCGCUGGCCUCGACGCUGGCUUGGUGUAUAACUCUUUCCCAAAGAUGGGUGACUACUGGAUCCCUGAUGACCUGCUGGCCUUCUCCCCGGCAGUCAGGAAUGUGUUUGAGAACCCCACCACUGUUCAGUUUGACCACCGUCUACUGGGCAUUGGUUCAUUAGCAGCCAUCACAAGCCUCUACCUUUUCUCAAGGCGCAUGCAUCUGCCCAGGAGGGCAAAGAUUGCAAUUGGCUGUCUCACAGCCAUGGCAUAUACACAGGUGGUCCUUGGUAUCAGCACCUUACUCCUGUACGUGCCCACACCCCUGGCAGCCACCCACCAAACUGGAUCGGUCGCACUGCUUACCUUUGCCAUCUGGGUCCUCUCCGAACUGCGCAAGGUGGCCAAGUAAAUCACGUGUCUUAAUUUCCACCUCACUCCCUCCUUUGCCUGGUAGGCACCUCUGUCUGCUCUGGAGAGACUUAAAAUCAUUAAGUGAAAGAUUUGACCUCCAGCACCAGGUUUAUUCCACUUACUUAUUCAGGGCAGAAUCACAAAGGGGUAUUAUAUUUCUGCUGAGAUCAUUCAUUAUAGGUGAUGAAAAACACACCUUGCUGCUUUGGUGCCGACGGUGUCGGGAGGAGAUCUGUCCUGCAGAGCGAUCUUUGAAUACUGUAUGCAAUUUUAUAUCAUCUUGACAAUGAAACAUUUUAAUGUUGUGCACAUUGACAGCUCAUGACUUAUUGAUUUCCCUGGAGAAAGCUAACAUAAGACUUCUUGCACUGUGCAGUAGAUGGGUAAGGUGAAUGCGGCUAUAUUAAAAUGGUGUCGCCCAGUAGAGCAGCAAGGCAUUUACAUCAUGAAAUGACAGAAUGCAAAUCUAAUCUAAUAGAUUUAGUUUUCUGUGACAGACUGGGCAAAGUGCAUUAUACACAACUUUGUAUGUGUAUGUUUGGAAAGCUGCUGGGUUGAUUCAAAACAGCCCGGCUUCAGGGCCGUCUGAAGUUUGUAGAGCUGUGUUCAUUGUAUAUAUGUAUAUGAAGUUAUUAAUUUUGUAAUAAAUUUAAAUGGCAAUGUUUCUUUAUAAUGUCUGUCUGAAAAUUACACAGAGCUUCCAUUACACAGAGUUGUAAAUAGUCUCAUUCCAGAUUGAGUUCACAUUUUCGUUUGGUUUUGUAUUUUUUGUAUCUUGUAAAACAACUCAUCUAAAGUGGUGUGUUCACAGGGUAUAUAAAAAGGCAUUAGGGAAAAACUACACUCCACAUUUAUUGCAUAGCAACUGAGAUUUUUUUUUAUUGUCUUUGUACAAAAUAUACAUGUUUUUGUUUUGAAUGCAGUGCAACCAGUUGAGGCUAGCUAAAACAACAGUUAAUACAACAGAUUAUCAGUUUAAUUUGCUCUAAACACGGUACAUGCGAAUAUGGACAGGUACCACUGGUAUGGUUACCUACUAACCAGUAUUUUGAGCAAGUCUGCCACUCAUUGAUGCUAAACUGGAAAAAAAAAAAUCUACAAUUAGGAAAAUCCAUAAAGUGGCACAGACUAGGGCCCUGACUAUUAUAGCACAAAGAAUUACCAUUAGGUGAUGGAGCAGGAACUAUUGUGAACAUGGAGUGACAUGUGUCUAAGGAUGCCCAACAAAAGGGUUUUGUUGUUGUUUGCCAUAGCAGAAAAUGUCACCUGUGAUCAACUAUAGUUCUUGGUGCACAUGUUAACACCUACUAUUUAACAACUGCUAGACCUUCAAGUCAGUCAACAUAUGGAGGCUAAAAGAAUGCCUGGAAAAUCCAUGUGUGAGUGCCUAUUGGUGAUGACUUCGGUACCCAGAGUUCCAGGCACGAUCUUUUCUCCAGUGGUGCUCUCUUUGUUGGGCUUCCUUCACUUUUGGAAGAUGGGAUGUUUGUGCUUUUUUUGGCUUAAAUUACUGCUGGGAUACAUUUCAUUAAUAGUGGUAAAUAAAACUUCCAUUAAUUAUUAUUUUUCCUAUAUGGCCAUGAUCUUUAAUGUGUCCUAGUUGCAUGGUUGGUGGAUGGGGCAGUCACACUGGAGUUAUGCUUGAUGUACCUGAUGCUGAAAAGUUGUGGAAUGUUCAUUUGAGAUGGGCUCCACCUUGCUUUCACUUUCCUGAUGUGACCUGCUCUUGAUUAAAAACAUAUAUCAGUAUUCUGUAUUGACACAAUAACUAGGGCCCAACCAGGAAAAGGGAAGGUAGAGUUAAUACUCAAAGGUUUGAGAAACACUGCACAAACGUCUCUGGUAGCAAGUACUGCAUCACAGGUUCCAAACCAUAUGAAUGUCAGUAUUGCUUGUUCUCAGAUUCUAUUAUAUCCCAACUUUUUACUGCUUUGCAUUCUUGAAGUCUUGGUAUUGCCAUGGUAAGUCAAUUGCAAUAGGCAAACAUAAUGCAUUUCAGCAUCUACAACUGCUUGUCUGUGGGCCAGGGGGAAGAGUUCUUCUCUUAAGUGGAAAAGACAGACCUUCUGCAGUAUAUGUUCUUUUAAAGUAAUUCAAAUGAAUUCACUGGUGUUAGAUGGGAUCAUUUGCAUAAACAGCUGCUUGGAGCUUUGAAUGCUGAAUUGUGUGGUCAAUACAAGCAUCCAUGCAAAAAAAAUAAAAAAUAAUAAAAAAUAAAAAAUCAUCACUAACGGUGUUUCCACUGUUAACACUAGGAGCUGCCCACUAAUAGUUUAUAUGAUUACAUGUUUGUUUAGUGAUUAAUACUGGUACGCUUUAGUCACAAGUUAUUGCUUAUAUUAUUUAAGGAUAUUUCACUGCACGUCUACAUACUGGGUGGAGCUUAUAAAUAAAUCUAGGUUAGAAAAUUUCAUCUGUCUGAUUCUGAUGUGCACUUCAUGUUUCUUGAGAUGUCAUACAAUAUGUAGAUCUCAUUGCUUAAAAAGCGAACCCAAUACAAUAGGUCCAAUUGCAAUAUUCAGCAAUAAUCAUGACUGAACCACUUAAACAUCCCAUUAUUGAUAACUGCUAGCAUGCAUAUUUAAACUUCUACCAUGUGACAGAUUGUUCCUGUUCUAAUUUUCAGCAGUGUGUUUAUGACUCAGUAGUCAUUAAUUAUACUUAACAAUUAACAAAGUAAUUCAAUAUUUCUGCUAACAUUGGCAUGUGUCAUACUGCAAAUCACUCAGAACUUUUCUCCAGUAGAUAGUGUUUCCUUCUAUGCACUUGAAUGACUCAAAUUUUGAUUUUUCAAUUGUUUAGAUGAUUUUAGAUUACUGAACACAUCCCCUCUCAAGUACUCAAUCUAAAUCUCCACACUGUGGAACCAUGGGCCCCAAUCUCAUGGAUUUUGGACUUAUGUUCUGUGUCUUUUACUGAAGUAGUAAACAUCAUCACAUCAAAUGUACAAGGCCACACAGCUGCUAGCAUAUAAAAAGUGCUAGGGGACUUCAGCUCGAUAUGGUUAACAUCAACGGCAAAAUAUGAUCCUGGAAGCACGGUGUACACUGACACUGUUGCUCUAAUUUAUAUGUUAUUAUGUAUUACUGCCACUGGCAUUCAGACGGAAAGGGGUUCAUUACCUGAUCCAAUCGUUCAGGCUCUUGCUCUCCAGGACUGGUUAGAGGCAUAUAAUUUAUCUUAAUACAAAUUACAGAAUAAAUUACACCGUCAUAGCCAGUAGACCUAUUAUUAUCGAAGAUCCAAAGUUAUAAUAAAAUUUAAAACAGUUACAAUUCAACAUACCUUUCAUCCCAUAUGUAGCAUAUGCUCUUUUAAUUUAGAUAAAAAAUAUGUAAUCAAAAUAAUUCCUCUUUCAUUUAUGUCAUCACAUUCAUGUUUUAGUAAUUCCACAAGCAAAGUCUGCUGCAGCCUGCAUCUCAAGAUCUGGAAGUUCGCAAAAGUGUGUAGCGUCACUCUUAUAAUAAAUGACAGAAAGCCCUUCAGCCUCUUGACUUUCUUGGUAAAGAGCACAUUAAGUCCAUGAGUCUGCAAGUCCAGAGAAGACCAGAGAUUUAGAUUUAUGAUAUUUAAAUCUCAGCUCAUACCUUGUUCUGCUGUACAUACUUUUACUUACCCCAAAUAAAAUCUUCAUUUCAA